AUGUCGGCCCCGACCAAGGCGAGUGCAGCGCAGCUGGACGCUGUGCAGAAGUACCUCAACAACUUCGAUCAUAAGAAUGACACGGAGAGCAUCACUGGAUUUGCUCAGCUCCUCAAGGAGCUUAACAUCAAGAUGGCUGUUUUCGACUUCGACUUGACGAUAAUCGGUGCCCACUCGGGAGGCUACGUCGAUAAGGCUAACGACGUGGACCACAUCGGAACUGCCGUGACGAAUCACUUCAAGAUACUCUCCAAGGCGCUCAACGAUAACGGCAUUAAAAUUACCGUCGCGACGUUUUCGGACGACGAGGCCAUCCGGUACAGCCGUGGCAGGAACUCCACCCUCAUUGCGGGCGAGGAGAUGGUGACGUUCAGCAUGCAGCAAAGCAAGUGCGACGCGAAGAUCGAGAAGGUCUAUGCUUACUACCCCCCCUACUACCGACAGCCGCGGCAGUACAAACCGCUGGGGCUGGACAAGCCAAUGAGUCACGACAAGUCGUACCAUUUGAAGCAGAUCAGGACCGACUUCGGAGUCAACAUCGAUGAAAUCUUAUUCGUGGAUGACGAUAUGAACAACUGCACCUCGGCGAAGAAGGAGGGCUACUUAACCUUUAACGUUAUGGGGAAAAAUGGCUUCAAUUUUAAGAGUGUAAAAGUUAUGUAG